GUAUAUCUAUCUACUACUAAUCAGUCAUCAGUAAGUAGACACAAGACAAGAAAAUCGAAUUAGGCCAUCAUAAUCUCUGAAACUACCGACGACUGACGGCGAUGGUUGUAAUCUCCGAGAUUACCGACGAUUCUAACGGCGGCGAUCCAAACAAGAAACAAGAAGAAGCGAAUCAAAGGAAGAAACCCAGAACUGUAAAGAAUCGCUUCGCCGAGAUUCCAGACGGAAUCACCGAAAUCAUCGUCGCAUUCGUCCGGAGAUGUCAGUACCCGACGCUCUCAAUCGCAUCCCCUACCUUUAGAAAUCUCAUCUCUCGCUCGCGCCUCGGCGUCGCCGAAUGCUUUCUUUACGCCUCCGUCGGAUUCGCCUGGCCCGAUUUCCCGAUCUGGUACAUUCUCUAUCGAGGAAGAGAUGCUUCUCUACGACUGGGCAGAGUCGAUUCGCUUCCUCUCAUGCCUAAUUGCUUAGUAGACUUCGUCGUCACAAUCGGACCGGAGAUGUAUGUAAUCGGCGGAUCAUUCAGCGACGGAGAUCCCUCGACGGAUGUGACUCUCAUCGAUUGCAGAUUCCACACGAGUCGCUCGCUCCAGAGUAUGCAAGUGGCUCGCUUCGCCGCAGCCGCCGGAGUUAUCGACGGAAAGAUUUAUGUGGUCGGAGGUUGCGCGAAGCGAUCUUCUACGACUUGGGUCGAAGCGUUUGAUCCAAAGAUUUAUGUUGUUAGCUUUACGUCUGUAAUGGCGAAUUUCGGUGGAAAGCUGGUGGUUUUGAGCGCUCAUGUGCCUUCUUCUAGUAGAAAGCGUGCCGGGAAGAAGGAGAUUUGGUGCGUGGAGAGAAGGGAAGGAGGUGAGAUUUGGGGGAACGUUGAAUCAGCCAAGGUUGUUCAUAAAGUCUCCAACUUGGAAUCUGUUGAGAUUUGUCGAUCUGUGACCUUUUGAUGAUACUUGGGACGGUUUCUUGCAGGUGGAGGGUUAUUGUUACAUCUAUGUAUAUUUUUGAGCAGCUUGUUGGUCUUAUAGCAAAUUUUGAAGCAGAGUAGCUUAGAGGCUGUUAUCUGACGCCUUAAAGAGUAACUCUUCCUUCUCAACAUUUAUUUUUCACAAUGUGUAGUACCAGUUUAUAAAUACCUUAGCCUUGAGAAGGUACCUUAGCCUUGAUGUAGAUUUCUUAAUGAAUAGUAGCAGUUUAUAAAUACCUUAGCCUUGAUGUAGAUUUCUU